AUGUCAAAUUUAGCUAUUAUGCUUCAGCUAAAUGGUCAUUGGGAUAGCAUUGGGAGAUACAAUGAUUUUAAUGUUGAUGGAAUUGUUGUUUGCGAGGAUUCAAAUUAUAGUCAAUUGAUUUCUACUAUUGCAGAGCAUUUAAUGAUCGAUACGUCCAAAAAAAUCAUCAAAAUCAAAUACACUGUCAAUGAACGUUGUCCUCCAAUGAAAUUAGGAACGAUAUGGGAGUUCGAUAUCUCUAGUUCGAGCACAAUUGCAGGUUCAUCUGGAACAAUGAAGUUGAUUGAUAGGCCAACAUCUCCGAAGAUUGUGGAAUAUGAAAGUAUCAUCAUAACAGAACAUACGCCAGUUGUUAUUGAAGUAGGCCAAGUUUACAAAGAUAAGCAAAAAAUUAUCAAUGCAAUGAAGCACUAUUCUGUCAUGAAUAAGUUCCAAUUUAGGGUGAAGAGGUCUAGCGCAAGAAGCUACUGCCUGGUAUGUGUUGGGGAUAAUUGUACAUGGCACUUCAAGUCCACCAGCAUAAAUCAAUCAGCACUGUUCAAGGUUCGAAAAUUUUACAGCUUGCGCACAUGCUCUUUUAUGGACAACACAUACAUACAACGCAAACCUACUGCCAUGGCAGUUGGCAGCAUGGUGAUGCCAAAAUAUGUGGAUCCUAAGACAAUAUACACACCAAAAGAUAUACAAACUGACAUGUUGUCGGAUCAUGGUGUGAACUUAACAUACAUGCAAGCUUGGAGAGCAAAGGAAAAGGCUUUGGAAUUUUUGAGAGGUCAUCCUGCUCAUUCCUACAGUCGCUUGCCAAGUUAUUUGUAUAUUCUGGAGAAGACUUAUCCGGGGACUGUAGUUAAAUUGAAGAAGACUGAAGAUGACUGUUUCUUGUACGCAUUUGUUGCGCUUAGUACGUCCAUCAUGGGUUGGGAGUAUUGUAGACCAGUUGUUGUAGUUGAUGGCACCUUCUUGAAGUCGGCAUAUAGGGGAAUAAUGUUAACAACUAGCACAAUGGAUGCAACAGGUAGCAUAUUACCACUCGGAUAUGCUGUUGUUGAUUCAGAAAAUGAUGUAGCAUGGAAUUGGUUUUUUGAGCAAUUCAAACAUGCGUAUGGUGAAAAACAAAACAUGUGUGUUGUUUCGGAUCGGAAUGAGAGUAUCUUGAAGGCAACAUCUACUGUUUAUACUGGCAUGCCAUAUUAUGCUUGCAUGUGGCAUAUUUGA